CCGGGGCAGACAGCCGACCAGGGUGCGACAUGAGCGGGCCUGAGCUCGAUGAGCUCUCGGAGGACUCGGAGCAGCUCGGGCCGACUGUGGCCGUCCUGAGGCGGAGAGCGCUGCAGGCCGACGAGCUGUCCGCCGUCAGGAGCUUCUCCGACGGCUUUCUCCUCAAAUUUCUGCGGGCCAGAGACGGCGACGUGGAGCUCUCUCUCAGGCUCUUACUGAACUACCAGCGGUGGCGGAGGGACAGUCCUGACAUCAGCACCUGUCUGUCUCCCUCCUCGGUGCUCGGUCUCCUCAACACAACGUACCACGCCGUCCUCCCACAGCGGGACCACACUGGUAGCAGGGUGCUCAUCUACAGGAUCGGAGAGUGGAACCCCAAAGACUGGUCAGCCUUCCAGGUGUUCAGGGUCAGCCUGAUGACAUCAGAGAUCAUCUCCACGGAGACAAAGACGCAGAGGCGGGGUCUGAAGGUCAUUUUUGACCUGCAGGGGUGGAGUUUAGGCCACGCCCUGCAGAUUAACCCCUCCCUCGCCAGAAAGAUAUCCUCUGUACUUUCGGACUCUUUCCCACUGAAAGUUCGAGGAAUCCAUCUGGUUAACGAACCAAUGCUCUUUCGGCCAGUCUUCACCAUGAUUCGUCCCUUUCUGCCAGAGAAGAUCAAACAGAGGAUCCAUAUGCACGGCGCUGAUUUCCAAGACACUUUGAGCGACUACUUCUCCUCGCAUGUCCUGCCUCCAGAAUAUGGAGGGGAGGGGCCUGGGAUAGAGGAGGCGUGCCAGGACUGGACCAAUCAGCUGCUUCAGUCAGAGCAGUUCCUGCAGCAGAUUGCCUCCCAUCCAACAGGUGACAUCGCCAUUACUUCCGAGGACUCCUUGAUCUCAGAGGAGGUGCAGACUGAGCAGCUCUCAGAGGGUUGAUGUUUGGAAGCUGGAUCAUACAUACACUCUUUU